CGCCGCCUGGGCCGCCCCGUGUCCCCGGUGGAGCCGCCGCCGCCGCCGCCGGGAGCUCGAUGCGGACGGAGCCCGGGCCGGGCCAUGGGGAUCCUCAGCAUCACGGACCAGCCGCCCCUGGUCCAGGCCAUCUUUAGUCGAGAUGUGGAGGAAGUGCGUUCCCUCCUCUCGCAGAAGGAGAACAUCAAUGUGCUGGACCAAGAGAGGCGAACUCCACUGCAUGCUGCUGCCUACGUAGGCGAUGUCCCCAUCCUCCAGUUGCUACUGAUGUCAGGUGCUAAUGUCAACGCUAAGGACACACUGUGGCUGACCCCUCUUCAUCGCGCUGCUGCCUCCCGAAAUGAGAAGGUGCUGGGACUGCUGCUGGCACAUUCAGCAGAUGUGAAUGCCCGGGACAAGCUGUGGCAGACACCAUUGCACGUGGCUGCUGCCAACCGGGCCACCAAGUGUGCUGAGGCUCUGGCACCCCUACUGAGUAGCCUCAACGUGGCCGACAGGAGUGGGCGCAGUGCCCUGCACCAUGCAGUGCAUAGUGGGCAUCUGGAGACGGUGAACCUGCUUCUCAAUAAGGGAGCCAGCCUGAAUGUUUGUGACAAAAAGGAGCGGCAGCCUCUGCACUGGGCAGCUUUUCUAGGGCAUUUGGAGGUCCUGAAACUGCUGGUGGCACGGGGCGCAGACCUUGGCUGCAAGGACCGCAAGGGCUAUGGGCUGCUCCAUACAGCUGCUGCCAGUGGCCAGAUUGAAGUGGUGAAGUACCUGCUCCGGAUGGGGGCUGAGAUCGAUGAGCCCAACGCUUUUGGAAACACAGCUUUGCACAUCGCCUGCUACCUGGGCCAGGAUGCUGUGGCUAUCGAGCUGGUGAAUGCAGGAGCCAACGUCAACCAGCCGAACGACAAGGGCUUCACGCCGCUGCACGUGGCUGCAGUCUCCACCAAUGGCGCGCUGUGCUUGGAGCUGCUGGUCAACAACGGGGCGGAUGUCAACUACCAGAGCAAAGAAGGGAAGAGUCCUCUGCACAUGGCUGCCAUUCACGGCCGUUUCACCCGCUCCCAGAUCCUCAUCCAGAACGGCAGCGAGAUUGAUUGCGCCGACAAAUUUGGGAACACGCCACUGCACGUGGCCGCUCGCUACGGACACGAGCUGCUCAUCAGCACCCUCAUGACCAAUGGCGCGGAUACCGCCCGGCGCGGCAUCCACGACAUGUUUCCCCUGCACUUAGCUGUUCUCUUUGGAUUCUCUGACUGUUGUCGUAAGCUUCUUUCCUCAGGUCAGCUGUACAGCAUCGUAUCCUCACUCAGCAAUGAGCACGUGCUUUCAGCUGGGUUUGACAUCAACACACCUGACAACCUUGGCCGUACCUGUCUUCAUGCUGCUGCUUCCGGAGGGAAUGUUGAAUGUCUUAACUUGCUGUUGAGCAGUGGAGCUGACUUGAGGAGGAGAGACAAAUUUGGAAGGACACCACUGCACUAUGCAGCCGCCAAUGGCAGCUACCAGUGCGCCGUCACGCUGGUGACUGCCGGGGCUGGCGUCAAUGAGGCUGACUGUAAAGGCUGCUCUCCCCUCCACUACGCUGCCGCCUCCGACACCUACAGGAGGGCGGAGCCCCACUCAUCUUCCAGCCAUGAUGCUGAAGAGGAUGAGCCCCUGAAGGAGUCCCGCAGGAAGGAGGCCUUCUUCUGUUUGGAAUUCUUACUGGAUAACGGUGCAGACCCCUCCCUGCGGGACAGGCAGGGCUACACAGCUGUGCACUAUGCAGCCGCCUAUGGCAAUAGACAGAACCUCGAACUGCUCUUAGAAAUGUCCUUUAACUGCCUGGAGGAUGUAGAGAGCACCAUUCCAGUCAGCCCUUUGCACUUAGCUGCCUACAAUGGUCACUGUGAAGCCCUGAAGACACUGGCUGAGACGCUGGUGAACCUGGACGUGAGGGACCACAAGGGCCGGACCGCGCUCUUCCUGGCCACUGAGCGAGGCUCUACUGAGUGUGUGGAGGUGCUAACGGCCCACGGCGCCUCUGCCCUCAUCAAGGAGCGCAAACGCAAGUGGACACCCCUGCAUGCUGCUGCUGCCUCUGGCCACACUGAUUCCCUGCACUUGCUGAUCGACAGUGGGGAACGCGCUGACAUCACGGAUGUCAUGGAUGCCUAUGGACAAACCCCGCUGAUGCUGGCCAUCAUGAAUGGCCACGUGGACUGCGUACAUCUGCUGCUAGAGAAAGGAUCCACGGCUGACGCUGCUGACCUCCGGGGCCGCACUGCCCUCCACCGCGGGGCAGUGACUGGCUGUGAGGAUUGCCUAGCUGCCCUGCUGGACCAUGACGCAUUUGUGCUGUGCCGAGACUUCAAGGGCCGCACUCCCAUUCACCUGGCCUCAGCCUGUGGCCACACCGCAGUGCUGCGGACCCUGCUGCAGGCCGCCCUGUCCACAGACCCCCUGGAUACCGGGGUGGAUUACAGCGGAUACUCGCCCAUGCACUGGGCCUCCUACACUGGACACGAAGAUUGUCUGGAGUUGUUACUUGAACACAGCCCGUUUUCAUAUCUGGAAGGAAACCCCUUCACUCCUUUGCACUGUGCAGUUAUUAAUAACCAGGACAGCACCACAGAGAUGCUGCUAGGAGCUCUGGGUGCCAAGAUUGUGAACAGCCGAGAUGCCAAAGGACGGACCCCUCUUCACGCCGCUGCCUUUGCGGACAAUGUCUCUGGGCUCCGGAUGCUGCUGCAGCACCAAGCCGAGGUGAACGCCACCGACCACACUGGCCGCACCGCGCUCAUGACAGCAGCUGAGAACGGGCAGACUGCAGCUGUGGAAUUUCUGCUAUAUCGAGGGAAGGCAGACCUUACUGUGCUGGAUGAGAACAAGAACACUGCCCUCCACUUGGCCUGUAGCAAGGGCCAUGAGAAGUGUGCCCUCAUGAUCCUGGCAGAAACCCAAGACCUUGGCCUUAUCAAUGCUACCAACAGCGCGCUGCAGAUGCCACUACACAUUGCUGCCCGGAAUGGCCUAGCCUCUGUGGUGCAGGCCCUGCUGAGUCGUGGGGCCACCGUGCUGGCUGUGGAUGAAGAAGGUCACACCCCGGCAUUGGCUUGCGCCCCCAACAAAGAUGUGGCAGACUGUCUGGCCUUGAUCCUUUCCACCAUGAAGCCUUUCCCACCCAAGGACGCUGUCAGUCCUUUCAGCUUCAGCCUGCUCAAGAACUGCGGCAUCGCGGCAGCCAAGACGGUGGGUGGCUGCGGUGCCCUGCCCCAUGGGGCCUCCUGCCCCUACAGCCAGGAGCGGCAUGGCGCCAUUGGGUUAGAUGGCUGCUACUCUGAGUAGCCCCCUCCAGUGUCCCUCCCCCUGCCGGUGGCUUGAUAUCUUAUUCUAUUUAUUUAGAAAAAGUCUAUACAUUUAGGGCACUUUAAAGGAGAACACGACUGGUUUGGGGGGGUGGAGUGGGGAAAAAGCACUGGGGAGCAGCUGCUCACCCCUUUGCCACACCAUCCUGGCCUGGCAGGGGUCUGGGACCAACAGGGAGCACCCCAGGCCCUUGGUACCCCCAGGGCAACCCCUUCUGCCAAGUGUCCCAAAAUGAUUGCUCGCUGCCUGGCGCCCUCUCUUCUGUCCACCCUCUCAGUUCCCCCUUCUGCUGCCAGCUGCCCCUUACUCUUCCUUCUGACUUGCCCCAGUCCCCUUCGCCCUGCCCCUGCCAGGCAGAUCCCCGCCUCCUCUUCCAUACCCAUCACUGCCUCCCUGCUCGGCCGGCCUCUCCAUCCCCGCAGCAGUGAGAAGCCUUAAUUUCUGGUACUGUGUGAGCACUCUGGGGGUGUCCCCCUCCCCCUUCAGGGGCAGCUAGCGGAUGAGGGGGGAGGGUAUUUAGCACUGGGGCCUGGAGCUUUUCUCCUACUUCUGUAUCCCAUCACCCCUAAAGUUCAAAUGCAAAACACUUGAAGCAGCAACUACUGUACCUGGGCCCCAAUCCUGCACUCUCCCAGCUCCUCGUAUGCAAAUCAAGGGCUGGCAUUGCCCCCACAGCCUGCCCCACCCCUCCUUCCGCCCCCUCCUGGCCUGGCCUCCUAACCACGCACUUUAACACCACCCCCCACCCUGCUUCUUUCUUUUAACUUCUUUUGGGAGGGUGGAGCCUGUGGCCAUUCCCUCUCUGGCUCUCCCCUCCCUUGACUUUGAGGCUUGUCAUGAAUUUUUAAGUAAGCAUUUUAUCCUUUAGGGGAAGAAACAAAUUAAUUUCCUGUCCAUUUCAAAACCACAGCCCUAGUCUGUCCUCUGUGUUUCAGGCAUGUGUUUGCAUGUGUGUGGAGGGAGAGACUGUUCUUCCUCCUGUGUCCCCAGUCCCACAGUUGCUCUCUGCCCCCACCCCACCCCACCCGCUGCCGCCUUCUGUGAUGUCCAAGAGCACCCACUGCCCCCAGUCACUCUGAUCUGAAGCCAAAGAUGGAGGGGCAGGGCAGACUAGGGACCGUGGCUGCUCGGGGCCCAGGCUUCUCCUCCGGUGAGAGGAGGAAGGUCUGCGUCUACUGGGGCUUGGUUCCUGCCUUCCCAGAAGCUGGGAGAGAAGGAAUCAAGCUAAGGGCUGCGCUGAGGAGAUUUCCCGACGUUGCACCCUAUAAGCCAAACUGGGCUGGAGUGAGGAGGGGGCAGUUUUCUCUCUAAAUGUAGCAUUGAAUUUGGCCCUGGUCCCUUCAGACGCCCUGUCCAUCCAUCUCCUAGCUCAGCCUCCUGGACAGUGGGACCCGCUUCCUUAGCCCAGCGUUCCCUUCCUCACACUCAAUACCUCAGCCAGGGGCCAAGACACAGAACUUGAAUAGAGGUCCUGCCCUCCCCGCAACCCCAGCGCAUCCUCGCCCAGUCUGGCUGCCAUCAGUAUUGUCCCCGGAGGACUGGACAGGCUUCGUUUACACAAUACAGGGCCUCCCCCCAGGGUGGGGUGGGGGAGUCCCCUCCGUCUCCUUCCCCCACCCGUGCUUGCUUUAUUCACAAUGUUUUACACCCUUUUCAGUUGUGUCCCCCGCAAGUCUGGCCACCCUUGCCUGAGGUGGGGAGAGGGGGGACAUCCCAGGGACUCCCCACUCCCUCGCAGACACCCUUCACCAUACCUCAUGCUGGUUUCCCGAAGCCUGGGGUGUUCAUCCCAGUCCUUACUCUUUUUGUCUUGCUCCCUUUCCCUCCCACCCCCCUUCUCUGUGUCUUGCUUCCCCCAACCCUCAGUUCCUAAACCAUUUCAAAGCUUCCAAAUGACCAUUAUUGGUGAGAAGGAGUGUGCAGCUUUUAGUUUUAAUCUUUAUUUUCAAAGCCAAAGGGCCUUGCAAUGCCCCUCUUGCCCACCUCCCUGCGCACCCUGUCCUCCCCUAGACGACAAUCAACGUGACCUCUCUUAAGGGCUGCAGCCCCCCACCCUGCCCCCGUCCUGCUGGUUCUGCAGAGCUUGCCCCUGACUUCACUUCUCUCUCCUCCUUCCUGUCCCGCCCCCCCCCCCCCCUCAUUUUGGUGCUGGGAAUUAGGUGGCGGGGGGGCAGGGGGCGCAGGGAGAUGGGUCCUCUGGAGAAGACUCUCGGGAUUGCAGUCGUGUUCUCCUUCAUCAGUGUCUGGCGAUGACAGGAAGACUCGAGUGUUUGUCAGGAGCCCCGUGGUUUUGCUAGAUGAGAUUUCUGGUGACUGCCCGGUCCCUGCCGUGCCUUUGGCACACCGUCAGCAGUGCUGGGGCAGGCCAUGGGGCGUCCUCUGUUCUCCUCGAGUGGCGGUGAGGAGGCCGGGAGGCCGGGCAGCCUCCUCCCUUAUGCCAAAGGAAAUCCCACACCCCACCCCGGGCUCCCCAGCCCCUAGUGUCUUUUGAAGCAUUUUGACCAUUCUCAUGGCCACUGCAUAUUUAUUUUAAUGUUAAGUUUUUUGGGUUUUGUUUUAAACCUCUUUGACUUAAACGGGUGCGGAGAAAUCAACCAGGCAGAAUGCCCACCCCCCAAUCUUAAGGAGGUAGGGCAGGGAGGAAUCCUCCCCUUCCCUUCGCCCUCCCUCUCCCUGUCCCCCUCUCCCCACCGCAGCUCUAAAGCACUUGCUUCAAGUAAUAAGCACUUUUGAGAAAAGGCCUAUUUUAAGUGAGGACCCUGGGAGCCGCCCCAGGUCCCAGCAAAGGGGACAGAGCGAGGGCUACACAGGAGACAGGGAAACAGAUGUGUGGAUCAGAGGGCGAGAUGGAAAGAGCCAGUUUUUAGUUCCUGAUUUUUGGGGAGAUGUUUCUGAUUGGGCGGUGGCUUUGGUAGGGUUGUGUACUAUCCUUCAGAAAAACAAAUGGCACAAACUGUGGGUCCCUGGAUGGACCAGCAGACCCGGGUCACUGCCACUGUCCAGCUGAGACUGAAGGGCCACCUCCCCCACCCCGUGGCCCCCUGAGCCAUAGGACUGCUGAAAACCACUGAAUGUACAGCCCAGGUUGGGGUGGGGAGCAGCCCCUGGGGGAGGGGGCUUCUCCUUUUGUUUGGUGCUGUGGGGGGUGGGAGAGAUGAGACGGAGGGACUGCCACCCCACUUCGACAUGUGUUCCUUGGGGUGGAGGGGCUGAGGAGGGCCUGCCUCCCUCUCCAACCCCAGCCAUGGCCCCUCUUCCUUCCUCACCCCUAUCCGUUUUGACUGUAAGUCCAGCUCACCUUUGCCUUCAAUAUGUAACCAAAGGAAAACUCAAUACUGUUUCCACCGCUGUCUGCCCACCCGAGCACCUUCCUACU